CCCGCCCAGCGCCCACACACCCAAGUUGAAGUGACCCUCUUCACAAAUUUGUUUCCGCUCCUCUAUGCUUGUUCUAGCCACUAGCCAGGGUUCAGCGAGUCGAGUUGCCCUAAAAACGUCCCUUCUUCGCAGUAUUUAACAGCAGCCCUGUGCGACAUGCGGGUGGCGGUGAUAGGAGCUGGGGUGAUCGGCUUGUCCACAGCCAAGUGCAUCUACGAGCAGUACCACUCGACACAGGGCAACCUGACCAUUGAGGUGUAUGCGGAUCGCUUCACGCCUCUUACCACCAGUGAUGGAGCCGCGGGCUUCUGGCAGCCAUACCUCUACGACAACGGCCGCACGGAAGAAACGAAGUGGAACAAGGAGACCUUUGACUACCUGCUCAGUGUGCUGAGUUCUCCUGAGUCAGUGAAGAUGGGGAUAUUCCUUCAGUCAGGAUACAAUCUUUGUUCUGAUUAUGCACCUGAGCCCUCCUUUAAAGACAUUGUGCUGGGCUUCAGAAACCUCACCAAAAGGGAGCUGGAAAUGUUUCCCGGAUACAAUCAUGGCUGGUUCAACACUGCUCUUAUGAUUGAAGGGAAAACGUAUUUACCUUGGCUGAUGGAUUGGUUACAAAACAGAGGAGUGAUGUUCUACCAGAAGAAAAUUGAAUCUUUUAAAGAGUUAGCAGAUGCUGGGGUGGACAUUAUUAUCAAUUGCUCAGGGGUGAGGUCAGGGGACCUGCAACCCGACCCUCAACUUACACCAGGCCGGGGCCAAAUCAUUAAGGUUGAUGCACCAUGGCUAAAGCAUUGGAUUCUUACCCACAAUAAAAGAUCUAGCACCUACAAUUCCCCUUACAUCAUUCCAGGGAGCCAUCUGGUGACCGUGGGCGGGGUGUUUCAGGUGGGAAACUGGAGUGAAGCCAACAACUCCAUCGACCACAAGAAGAUCUGGGAGGAGGCCUGCCACUUGGAGCCAAGCCUCAAGCAUGCUAGGAUAGUAGAGGACUGGGCAGGCCUGCGACCAGUGCGGACUACAGUGAGACUAGAGAAAGAGAAGAUCUCAUGCGGUCAGAACGACAUUGAGGUGAUCCACAACUAUGGCCACGGAGGGUUCGGUCUCACCAUCCACUGGGGCUGUGCCAUGGAGGCUAGCCGGCUCUUUGGCCAGAUCAUAGAAAACAGCGCCAAGACUCCCAAAGCUCGUCUGUAGAUCUGGACUUACAGUCAUGGGACAGCCCCUCCAGGGGUACACGCCACGCAGGACCUCCAAACGUCCAGAGGACUAAGGAAUGAACGGUUUAGAAUGGCUAUAUGGAAACCUUGCGGUUCAAUGGCUGCUUGGUUGGAAGGCGUGGAAUGAAUAAUUAAUUAAUUCACUUAUUAUUAUGACAACUUGUAUUAAUUAUAUGAUAUGUCACGUUUUACGGUUAUCAAGUUCUCUCAACCCGAUAUAGAAAAAUGUAAAUCCAUGUGACACACAGUACAUAACUCAAAUAUAAAAUACAUAGUAUAGAACUGACAAGAAUGCUACAAAUUGUUUAAUUUGUUAACACAUGCUCACACAUAUAUCAAUUAAAAUAAUUGUAUACUUUAAUUUAAUUAUUAAUGCAACUAUAAUUUUAAUGUUGUCUGGAUAGAGUCAGUCAACCACUCUUUGAACAUUUGUUUUGGAUGUUGGAUAAUCAUGAGUUAAAUCAUAAUCAUUUGUUGAUCAGUUCUAAUUCUCAAAGGGAGCUGAUGGUAUAGUUACCACAAAAAGUUUGAAAUAACCUUGCUAUCCUUUUGAUAUUUUGAUAGAAUAGAUAGAUAUAAUACAUUUGAUCAAUGUAGACCAAAAAACAUCCAAUAAAAAUUAUUGAAAUCUC